AUGGAAGAAAAAAGUUUUUUUUGGAACACAGAUUUAAGUAAAAAACUUGUGGAAUUAAGAUUUGAAAAUGAUCUUUUGUUUAGGAAAAAGAAACAACCCUGGGGGGAGUUCCAUAAAAUACUUCUUGAAAAUGGGUUUCCAGAAGAGAUGACUGUGAAACAUGUAAGAAAGAAAUGGUCUUCUACUUAUGAUUCUUACAAAAUUGCUAAGAAAACUAAGAAUACAAGUUGGAAAUACUACAAGUUAUUUGAAAAACUCUAUGGUAAAUCUAAAAUAUUAGAUAAAUAUGAAUCAUGGAGUGAUGAUUUGCGUUUAAAGUUAAUAUGUUCAAUAUCUGAAGCAAAAGACUUAAAGUUUGAUUUCCAAAGAAUGUGGAAAACAGUGGAAAAAGCAAUGCGGAUGUUACCAUUACCUUGUGACUGCUGCAUACAGGACCUUAAAGGCUUGUGGCAUCACAUAAGGACUACAUUUAAUCGCAAGCACAGAUUAAAACUAAAAAAAGGUGCGGUCAAUACCGAAUGGCCUCUUUACGAGGCGAUGCUGGGUUAUUAUGAAAAGUUCGAUCCCGAUUAUCUGUUGAAACUCGAGACGGAAUCCCCUUGCGACUUCGUGUCCAGGCAGAGGAAAUCCAGUAACUAUUUCAACCAAAGUUUCCAUAAGGAUCGGAAGGAAAAUUGUGGCGAAGAGUUUCAAUGGUCCAAAGACAUCACGGAGACAUUCAUACAGAUACGUUUGCAAAACGAUUGGCUGUUCAGAGAAAAGAAGUGGGCUUGGAACGAACUCCUUUCCAUCAUGAUAGACGAGUACGAGUUUCCCAGAACCCUCACUGGCAGGGAGAUAUGCCGGAAGUGGGCGUCAACUUACUCCGUCAAACUCUCGUUUGCAGGGUCCAAAGACAUCACGGAGACAUUCAUACAGAUACGUUUGCAAAACGAUUGGCUGUUCAGAGAAAAGAAGUGGGCUUGGAACGAACUCCUUUCCAUCAUGAUAGACGAGUACGAGUUUCCCAGAACCCUCACUGGCAGGGAGAUAUGCCGGAAGUGGGCGUCAACUUACUCCGAAUACCAAAAGGCCAAGGCGACCAACAACAAAACUUGGGUUUACUACACGCUCUUCGAGUUGUACUUGGGCGAGGGUAGCCUGAAUCCGCUGGUUGAUUGGCAAGAAGAGUGGGUGUUCAACCUGAUCAGUGCGAGAACAGACUUCCGGCACCUCUUCAAGAGUUCCAAAGACCAGGUCGCUGGCUGGAGAGAAGUCGAGAAGAAGCUAAGAAACGUAGGCAUACCUUUGGACCACAGUCUACUGGACAUACCGGAGAUUUGGACACAUUUGUUGAAAACGUUUAAGUGGAAGCAGAAGUUCGCCAACAAAGGCCUGCUGAGCGAGCACUGGCCGUAUUACGAGGCGAUGGCCAACUAUUUCGCGCUGGAGAGCGAGGGGAGCAAAGCGAAUAGAGCCAAGCGGCAGACGGUGGCCGAAAGCGGGGACGACUACGAAGACGAGAUGAGGCUGUUCGAUCUCAAGCGGAUGAUGCACGUGAGGCCCAAGCACGAGUUGGCGGAUUCUAACCUCUGCAGGGCGUGCUCAAAUGACGACGGCUGCGUGAACGUGUUCGAGGGAAGAGACCCCGAGGGCGUGGACCUCGCCCACAAGUUGAGACUCAUCGGCGGUGUGGAGGUCGAGCGAUCCGACAGCUUACCCUCGCAGAUCUGUCUGAACUGCGUCAGAGAUUUGGAGAGCGCGUACAAAUUCCGACGGAAAUGUCAAGAAGUCGAUCGUCAGCUCAGGACCAGCGCGGGUUCGGACGGGAUCAAGGUCGAAAUGGCGACAGACGAGAACACAGCCGCCGCAAGCGAACAGCCCGACGAACCGGACAGGGAUGAAGCAACGGACACGCACUUCGGCUAUCCGAUAACAGUCGAGAAAUCGACCCCGCCGGUGAAACAGGAGAAGCAGGUCGCGCGCAGGAGACGGAUGAAGCCGCGCAAGAGGAAAUACGACUACUGGAAGAUAUGCGAGGUGUGCGGGAAGCACACCAGGAACCUGCCCAGCCACCUGGACGCUCACUCGAUGGGCAAGACCUACUCGUGCGACCUCUGCGACAAGCGGUUCAAGUUCAAAAGCGGCCUCGUGAUACACAAGUCGGUGCACAACCCUACGCCGAAGAAGACCUGCGAAGUGUGCGGGAAGACGUUCCACAUACUCGCCCAGUACAGACGCCACUACGUGUACCACGCGAACGAGAGGAAAUACGGCUGCGAGACUUGCGGGAAGCGAUUCAACACGCUCGAUAUAUUGAGAGUGCACAAGAGGACCCACACGGACGAGCGGCCCUUCACUUGCAACGAGUGUGGCAAGACCUUUAGGACGGCCGGCUGCGUCAGCAGGCACAAGCGCAUCGUCCACAGAACAAUAAAAGCCGAU